UGGCGCUCUUAGGCGGGAAAUUUAUGCUUUGCGUGAUUUCAUAGCAGAAACGUUGAAAUUUUCUAUUUUGAUGAUAAAUAUUUUAUAAAUUUCCUCUUUGAUGUGUUGUGUUGAAAAAUAAUUUAUAUAUAUUGUAUUGGAAAGCUUCUCUUCGUUUCACAAUGACCAAGGACGUUCUUGCAAGUACCAUUUUCUCAAGUGUCGGAAACUGUGAAAAGAUUUCAAAAUGUGUUGACCUAGCAGAAAAGGGUUUGCAUGGAAUAAAUAGCUCUAACGAGUUAGCUGCAAAUCACAAGCAGAAGAACAACAGGAACGUGAAAAAUGAAACAAGAAAUUGUCAUAAAAAUGGCCUGGAUAAAGGAAGUUCAAUUUGUACGAAGAAAAAGCUUCAAGUGAACAUUCAGGAUUUGUUUGCAAAACAGGCUGUCAAACGGAAAAGAUGUGUUGAGGAAGAAGAAGAACUGAAGAGUAAUGGAGGAGAAAAAGUUGAAUGCAAAAGGUUAAAAAUCGAAGAGGGAAAGGAAAAUGUGUGCGAAAACUCCAAAAGAAAUAGAUCAAAAAAGGCGAUGGAUAUUGAUCGUAAGAUUCCUACAAAAUGCUCAGAAUGUGGUCAGUUACUGGACAGUCCAAACCUCAUGCUUUUCUCUGGUGAUGUUGAAGAUGCAGUUGAGGAAUUUGUCAUGUUGGUGGAUCCAAAACUGUCACUAUUUACUGGUGACGAGACGACAUUUGGAAGUUACGAAGUGGACAGACCACAACAUAAGAUCACGCAAUUUAGUGUUUAUGAUAAAAGUACUCACUUGUGUCCAUUUGACACGGGAUUAAUUGAGAAGAAUAAAGAACUUUUCAUCUCUGGAUACGUUAAACCAAUAUAUGACGACAAUGUUAAUGCCGACGGUGGCGUUCCUGCCAAAGCAAUUGGUCCGAUCAACGAGUGGUGGACUACAGGUUUCGAUGGGGGUGAUAGUGUGGUAAUUGGGGUCACUACAGCGUUUGCUGAGUACGUUUUAAUGGCGCCAUCCGUUGAUUACCAACCAUUUAUGAAUGCAAUGAAAGAGAAGACUUACAUUAGCAAGAUUGUUAUUGAGUUUUUGUUGGACAAUCCUGAUGCUCGCUACGAAGAUUUGUUAAAUAAAAUCGAGACGUCCGUUCCCCCCGAAGGCAUCACAAGUUUGACAGAAGAUAUUUUACUAAAACAUGCGCAGUUUCUUGUUGAGCAGAUUGAGAAUUAUGAUUCAGCUGGUGAUGAAGAUGAGUUACCGCUUCUUGUCACUCCAUGUAUGAGAGAUUUCAUCAAACUUGCUGGAGUAACAUUGGGAAAGAGGCGAAAUCCCCGAGGAAUCCGUGUAAGACCAGAAAAAAAACUGAAAAAAGGACCGACUAAAGCAACGACAACACCAUUGGUCCGAUACGUUUUCGAUAUUUUCUUUCAAAAUGAGAUUGAUGGUAAGACUGAUGGCUCAGCCAAACGUCGUGGACGAUGUGGAGUCUGCGAAACAUGUCAACUACCUGACUGUGGAGAGUGCAAAGCAUGCCGGGAUAUGAAGAAAUUUGGUGGCAGCGGACGUGCCAAGCAAUGUUGUGUCAAUCGCAGAUGUCCAAAUAUGGCCGUACGACAGGCUGAAGAGAAUGACGCUGAUGAUGAGCAAGACUGGGAAAGAGUAACGGUUUGCAGCGUUUUUACUUUUGUGUGUUAUUGGGUUUCAUACUGGGGACUGGGGUGAGUUUUGGUUUGUAAGUUUCUAU